AUGGACGACGAAGGCGUGCAGGAACACCUGAAGGAUGCAAUCCACGGUACGCUGAAGCUGAAACGGCUUCUCAGUGAGGAUGAAGACGCGUUUCAAUCGACUGGGGGCUCGCUCAAGAAGCGCAAGACAGUUGAAAGAUGUGGACCUGCGGAGCAGGCUAAUGUGACUCAUCUUCUGACAAAGUGGGGGGCCGAAGACGACGUGCUGUUGAGGCAUGUCCUCGAAGGCUUGAAGCUUGAAGAGCUGGAAGCAUUGAAUACUUCUGGCUACUUACCAGACAAAUUCAAUGCCUGGAAAUCUUGUGCCGACUUGACUGCGAUGCAUAUCGCUGGCAUGCGUGAACGCAAUACGGCUGGCGGCGGGCCUUUAGAUGCAAUCACAGCCUUCAGGUUCAACUGGAAGCUAGAUGGUACCACGGAUCCGCUGCUGAGAAAGUUGUGCCACAAGGAUUUGCGCUAUGUCCUCACACGCUAUGAUGGCUCGAAGGAUCUGCCAACCCUGAUCCAAGAAGCAGUCGAUUCAGAUCCGGAUGCGUCUUCAGAAGGAUCAGCAGUGCGAGCACCCGGAUGUACCGCUGUCGGCAGAUUCCAUCGUCUAGAGCUUAUUGAUCCAACAGCUGAUUCGGCCGUCUUCGGGGAUGCCAACUUGAGUUUUGCCUUGAAUCUUGCAAGGCAUCGAAAGGCCUUGGGUCAUGUCGGGCGCGUCAUCGCCACGACUUUCGAGUCUUUGGAAAUUCUGAGAGAGAGAUAUUCCGAAAUUGAUGAGACAAUUGCAGUGUUGGAGAAGCAUUUCGCCGAAGUCCACCAUGAGGUCGACUGCACGCGGAUAGCAGUCCACUCGGAGUUCAAAGACUUGGAGCGUUCCUUAGGGGCCGUCUACUACAACUUUCCACAUGCAGGAGCCGUCGGUGGGUUUUUUGAUGGCCAUCCACUGGUUAACUGGCGUCAUGAAAACUUGAUGCGGCUAUUCUUCAGAGCUUUGCGUGCCUACGUCAAGCCGGGAGGCAUCGUGAAGGUGGCAUCGAACCAGGGCGCUGUUGGGGUCCGGUACUCCUACAUCAUAUGUUCGGCAGCAGAAAACGAAUUUCGGCAUGUAGAGACCGUGCCAUUUCUUCAGUGGAGCUUACAUCGGUACGGCCGGUCAUAUGGAGAUCGUCGUGAUACUUACCGGCGACCCGAUGAGGGGGAGGGUUACAAUGUCCAGCGUGCGGACAAGGACAUGGUGUACACAUUCAAGUAUGAGCCCACUGGUCGCUCUUUACCUCCCCAAGAUAUUCGCAUGCCACCGACAUUCAAGACUAUCGAGGCAUGCCCAGAUGGAGCCUUUGAGGGCAUGAGUGGCGAGUCAAGGAAGAACCUGGCCAAGCAGCUGUACAAACGUUUCAUGCUGGAAUGCUCUGGCAUCCACGUGGGCUGA